AUGGAUGCCAGAAUUACUUUUUCCAGUUUGGGGGCAUCAAAAGAUUCGGAUUUUCUGCAUGUAACAUACACAGGAAGCAAAAAGGAUGCAUCUGUAUCAGUUGACUCUGUAGGCUAUGUAGGAAACACAUCUACCAAGAAAGAAACCAUAUUCAGUCAGUCAAACAUAGGUGUAUCCAAGAAUUCCAAAAGUAAUGAAGUUUCACAGGUUGAUAAGAAAAAUGUUGGGGUAAUGAAAAGGCCACAAUUCAACAAUAUACAUAGCUCUUACUCUAGUGCAUUCAGUAUAGAAAAACCAGAAAAUGAGGAGAAAGAAGCCAAAAGCUUGAUUUUGGUAAGGUGUGAUUUCAAGAAAUCAGUGAAUUCACAUCCCUACUAUCCCCCACCAUUCAAUUGUUCAACUUCUUUAAUUGACUACUUCAAAGAAGAACAAAACUGUACUCUGAAUCAGUCAAAGCCCCCUCAGAAAUCCCCAAAAUCCAACAGUAUGCCACCAAGAAGAGAUUCCAGAAAAAUGGAUCAGAGUCCCAUAGUAUUAGACUCAGAAAAAAGUAACACAGACUCGGAUAGUCCUUCUAUGGAUUCACCAAUAAAGACUGCUGAUACUUGUGAGGAAGUUCAGGAUAGCCCUGAGAGCAGAAAAAAGGAACUUUGCAGCUAUUUGCAGUUGAUGAAUCCAGCAGACAAAAAAGAAAUUUACAUUUUGCAGAAUAGAAGGUCUACAAGAGUGAGAAAUCUAGCAGUAAUGCAACAAAAACAAAAACAGCUCCAAGUUGAAUUCACAGAAACAGAAGUGAAAAGCAAUGAUAAAACUGAGGAGGUUGAAACUCAGGAAUGCCCUGCAAAAAUUGACCAAAAAGAAGGUGAAAAUAGACAAAAUCAUGAGACUUUUUGUUUUCCCUUUCCACCUGAACAUUUGAUGAAAACUGUGAAUGAUUUUGAUGUUACAAUGUCCAAAGUAGUUCCCAAACUGAAAAGGAUGUGUAGAUAUAAAAAUAUCAAGCUUUCCACUGAUGACAGGUACAAAAUUGAACCAUUAUCAACAAAAAGAUCAGAUGAAAAUGGUGUUUCAACUGAAACUGUGGACAUGAAAGCAUUAAAAUUGACUCCUAAAAAAACAGUACAAAGAAGUAUGAUAACUGGCAAAAGAAUACUAAAUGAUAGAGCAAACUCUUUACGCAGCACAGGCAAAUUGAAAAAUGUCUCUCUAAAAAAACUGUUGAGAAAAGAAGACACAGAAACAAGCAAAUGGAAAUCCUUGAAGCAAAAAGAAAUGAGAGAGAGUCACAAGGUAUCUACAGGAAAACCUGAAUUUUCUCCAAAACCUAAAAGACCCUCAAAAGCAAAAACCCCAAAUUCUCAUUGUGAAAUUGUCACUGUUCCUUUUGGGGAAGACAACGAUGAUUCACAAUACUUUAUGGAAGACAUGGUUGAUUUUGACAGCCUCAGUGAAGAGCACAGAAAAUGUUUGAUAGAAAGCAGAAUAUUUUCCAAACCAGUGGAAAACUCUUCAAAAUUAUUGAAUGACUCCAUAUCCUCAAUCAGAGCAAUGUCACCAUUAUAUGGAUUCAGCAAGUCAGAGUCAAGCAUGAAGAACAAAAUUUCAAAUAACAAUUCCACAGAAAUGGAACCUUGUUUGUUGAAGCCAAAGGCUAAGAAACCUUGCAAAGAAGUUAUUUCUGGUGAUGAUAGCAAAAGCACCUCAAAAAGCACACCUUUGUAUGGAAAUAAUACUUAUCUAAUUCUGAAUUUUCAUGGUGCAGAGCCCAAACCAGUUAGUAAGGAGAAAAAGGUGAUAGUUAAGGAGAAGCCAAAGAAAAAGAAAGGUGAAGGGGCCUCUUUAUCUGAGCAUGAUUAUGCUGGACAUCCCAAUGAGAAGAAAAAAAUCGAGAACGCCGAUGUCGACGUGGAAACAGUCCCCAUAAAAAACAUGCACGUUGGCUACUUGGAAGUCAACACGAAAUUCAUCACAAAAAAGAACAAAUUCGAAAUUUUACCGCACAAGACCAGCGAAAUAAAAUCACUGCACCGCAGCCUGCAAUUCGACAAGAAGAAGAACGACAAUCUAGCCGUAGAUGCGAGUUUGGCCCACGAAUGGGACGCCACUGAUGGCUCUCCCAAGCAAAAAUCGAAAAAGCAGUCGCAUUCCAUCACGAUAGCCAAGGAAAAUGGUCAGGUGAUCAAGGCGUUUUACGUCGAUUACAAUCUGAUUGUUUGCCAGGAGUAUGUCAUCUCGUUCUGGAUGCAAACACCGUUAGGCAAUAUUCUUGGUUCUCAAGACAUGUGGGUACCACGUGGCCACACCCAACGUUUGGUAUUGAGCAACAAGUGCACGCAAAAAGAUUCGAUGGAAAAAGUCAUUUGCACCGAGUCCAGCGUGGUCUACAUCGAGCUGUGGAUGAAAGAGCACAAAUCGGAGAUGCGUCAAGGUCCUGUGGCCGAUGUUUUCGUCGCCCUGUAUUUUUGGAAGCAGCGGCAAAACGGGCUGGACAAGAAAGUGUUGCAGCUCGAAAAUAUUAACGGAUUCGCAGAUGACGUACAGUAUUCCGUGAUGAAAACAGCGCCGAAAAUCAUCGUCAGUUGGCAUUCCGCCAACGAGGACACUGCCACAAAAAGAACCUUCAUCCACGCCUACUUAUUGGCGGGGGAUUAUCAAACCGUCUCGAAUGUUUAUGAUAUCGAACCGGUCGAUCAUUAUGUCUCUUCACUGCACAAUAUAGAAGACUGUGACAGUUUGAUAAUGGGCUGUGGAGAAAACAAAAUCACCCUGUGGAAUGUCGAAUUCGGGUAUAUAGUAGCGACUAUUGAACUUUCUGAAAUCAAAUCUCCACUUUCUACUUUAUGGGUGAAGUGUGAUAGGGGUUUUCUGUUCGCCCUUCAGCAGUGCGUGGAUAGAGAAUUGAGAUUGGUUGCCAUCAACGGUAUGAAUCAUUCAUGGAAAAAAUUAGCCAGCUAUCUUCCGCCUGAAGGCUUCGACAGGUUGAGAGGCGUUUGUCUGGAAAACGGUCUUCUUCUCUCCUUUUACGAUCAGGGAAUUUUGUGCUGGAAAGCGGAAUCAGGGGAGCCCGUGGACGAAAUUGCCGUUGAAAAUGACAUAAUACCGUCCGGCAAAUAUGUCAUUUUGAUCGAAGAUAACCAAAUCAUCGUGAAGCACGUGGUGACGCAUUUAAUGUCAGUCUCUGUGGACGAAUCGUGA